UCACCCAACCGCGCUGCGCCGCGGGCCAAUGGGCGGGCAGGACGGCGGCGGGCGGUGCCGCGGCGGGCGGGUGACGUGAGCGGGCCGCGCGUGCGGCCUUUCCUUUCCUGCGGGCGGCGGCGGCGGCAGCAUGAAGGCGUCGGGCACCCUGCGGGAGUACAAGGUGGUCGGGCGCUGUCUGCCCACGCCGAAAUGCAGGACUCCUCCGCUCUACCGGAUGCGGAUCUUCGCUCCGAACCACGUUGUCGCCAAGUCCCGGUUCUGGUACUUCGUGUCUCAGUUGAAGAAAAUGAAAAAAUCUUCUGGAGAGAUUGUGUACUGUGGCCAGGUGUAUGAGAAGACCCCUCUGCGGGUAAAAAAUUUUGGUAUUUGGCUGCGCUACGAUUCUCGUAGUGGAACUCACAACAUGUACAGAGAGUACAGGGACUUGACCACUGCUGGUGCUGUCACUCAGUGCUACCGUGAUAUGGGAGCCCGUCACCGUGCCCGUGCUCACUCCAUUCAGAUAAUGAAAGUGGAGCAGAUUGCUGCUAGCAAGUGCCGUAGGCCAGCGGUCAAGCAGUUCCACGAUUCUAAAAUCAAGUUCCCUCUGCCGCACAGAGUUCUGCGUCGUCAGCACAAACCACGUUUCACCACCAAGAGACCAAAUACAUUCUUCUAAGUACAAAAAUGUGCUGUCAACUCAGUGUAAUAAAGGUCUGUCUGAACCUUUCA